UUUGGGUUUUAUUUAAUAAUUGCCGCCGCAAUGACAAGACGAUACACGGUCCUACUUUUCGGAUUUUUGUUGCUGUUGAAUAUAUUUUCUGACUUAGAGGCACAGGAAAUAGAUUGGUGGGAGUCAGCUGCACUAUAUCAAAUCUAUCCGCGUUCUUUUCAGGACAGUGAUGGUGAUGGUGUGGGCGAUUUAAACGGUAUAACGGAACGUUUGGAAUAUUUGAAAGAAAUCGGCAUAACUGCAACAUGGCUUUCACCUAUAUUUGAGUCACCUAUGUCAGAUUUUGGAUAUGAUAUUUCAAAUUUCACACGUAUUGAUCCAAUUUUCGGCACAUUGGACGAUUUUGAUGCUCUAAUAGCAAAAGCGAAAGAUAUAGGUGUUAAAAUAAUAUUAGAUUUUGUACCGAAUCAUUCAAGCGACGAGUGUGAGUGGUUCAAGAAGUCUAUAAGACGGGAGAACGGCUACGAAGACUUUUAUGUAUGGCACGAUGGCAUUGCAGAUAACGCUGGCAAUCGACUGCCGCCUAGCAAUUGGGUGAGUGUUUUUGGUGGUCCUGCUUGGACAUGGAAUGCUGAAAGGCAACAAUAUUAUUUACACCAGUUUCAAGAUAAACAACCUGAUUUGAACUUCAGCCACCCUUUGGCACGUGAACAUAUGCAAGAAGUGCUAAAGUAUUGGCUCGAUCGUGGUGUCGAUGGUUUCCGCAUCGACGCUGUUCCGCACAUAUUUGAGAAAAUAAACGAUGACGGUACUUAUCCUGAUGAACCACUUAGUGGUUGGUCUACAGAUCCCAGCAGCUAUGAUUAUCUCGAUCAUAUUUACACAAAGGAUCAGUAUGCUACAGUGGAACUCUUGUACGAAUGGCGUGCCUUUUUAAAGAAAUAUCAGUCGGAAAAUGGUGGUGAAACAAGAAUUUUAUUGGCCGAAGCGUAUUCGUCAGUCGAAACUUUGAGUCAAUAUUUUAGUAAUGGCACACAUCAGGGAGCACAACUGCCAAUGAAUUUUAAUCUUAUGUACUUGAAUGGCUAUUCCACAGCGGAAGAUGUUGUCAAUUCAGCUGAAUAUUGGAUGAAUACUAUGUGGAAGCAACACCAGACGGCGAACUGGGUGGUGGGCAAUCACGACAAUUCGCGUGUGGCAGAUCGCAUGGGUAGGCAUAAAGUCGAUUUACUGAAUGUGAUUGUCAAUGCCAUGCCAGGUGCUUCCGUCACUUACUAUGGUGAGGAAAUCGGCAUGGGAAAUGUUCCAACAGAGUGCACUCCAAUCUCUUGUGAUUCACGUGACCCAGAACGCUCGCCUAUGCAAUGGGAUUUACAAGCAAAUGCUGGUUUCACAAAAGGUGACACAACAUGGCUCCCCGUGGCAGAUGAUUAUGAACGGUACAAUGUCCAAAUUGAACGUGGAGUGGCUCGAAGCACUUUGCAAAUUUUUAAGGGCAUGCAACAAUUAAAGAAGACCGCUGCGUUUAAGGCAUUCAAACAACCUGGAGGAUUUUCAUACAACGCACUGACGCAAAAUGUGCUCCAAAUUGUCAGAGCCGCUGCAAAUUCGGAGGAAUAUCGCGUACUGGUCAAUAUGGGUAAUAAAGUAGAGAGAAUCGAAAAUUUAGCUGACAAGACUAUGGAAUACGUUCUGUUAACAAUACAUUCGCCGCAUAACUAUGGGGAUAAGGUCGACUUAAGUGGAUCGUUUUAUUUGAUGCCAUAUGAAGCGGUUGUGCUGCGUUCGAGAACUUGAUGUAGCUCUAAUGUUAAAUAAAAAUAAAU